AGAGCAGCCACCCAGGCGUGGCCAGGGCUGAGCAGUCAUGAUAACCGCCAAGGCCGAGGCUGAAUCAGCGGUCCCCACGGUGCCCGAAACUGGGGCAGUCAGAGGAGACCCAGAGCUCGAGGAACCGACGUGGCCUUGGAAAGAUGCCCCGAUCCGGGCGCUGGUGCAGCGCAUCCACCAGUUGCAGGCUGAGCGUGCGCAGGCCUUCCGCCGCCUGGAGGAAGGCCACCACCAGUACCUGCACAGCGGCCCGCCAUACGACUUCCCGAGCUACCGGAUCACAGUGCACGAGGUGACCCAGGCCUUCGCCGCUGCCUCCAGGGAGGUGCUGGCGGUGGAGGCCGAGCUGGCCGGCCCUAGAGCGCAGCCGCUGCUCGCGGGCCAUGUGCGAAGCCUACAGCAGCUGGAGCAGACACGCCUGGCUACGGUGGCCCUGCUGCAACUGAUGGGGGCACAAGAGCUCACAGGGCAGGAAGACACCCUACAGUUGCACCAGCUGAAGAUGAAGGUAACUAAAACCAUGGAAGCCAUCAGCGAGGUUCUCCAGGACCUCAGGUUUGAUGCAGAAUCUGCUGAGUGAUGGUGACUCCCCAGGGACCCGCUGAAGGAGAUGGGAAAUGAGUCAGGUGGCGCCCAGCUCUGACUGCUAGGCUGGAUAAGGUGGAACCUCACCGGGCUGUUGACCUUCCCCCUCCGUGAGGUCACCUCACCUCCCCAAUAAAGAAACCUUCAU